AAUGAGCACUAGAGAGGAACUUAUCUACAUGACAAAGUUGACAGAAUAAACCGAGAGAUUUGAAGAUAUGGUCAAUUACAUCAAAUAAGUUGUUGAGAAUGGAUAAGAAUUGUCAAUCGAAGAAAGAAAUCUUCUCUCUGUUGCUUAUAAAAACAGUAUUGGCGGAAGAAGAACAGCUUGGAGAGUUUUAUCAAGUAUUGAAAACAAAGAAGAAGGAAAGGUAUAUAAAUUAAUUAAUUUCAUAGGCUUAAUCUUAACCAGCUUCCUAAAAGAAUCUUGUUUUGAUCAGAAGCUACAAGAAGAAGAUUGAAGAAGAGCUUAAUCAAUAUUGCAAUGAUAUCCUUAAUUUGAUCGAUAGCCAUUUAAUCAAAACAGCCUCUACUCCAGAAGCCAAGGUGUUCUUCCACAAGAUGAAAGGAGAUUAUCACAGAUACAUUUCUGAAUAUGCCACAGGUGAUUAACACAAGAAGGCUGCUGAUGGAGCACUUGCUGCUUAUUAAGCUGCUUCUUAAGUUGCUAACUCUGAAUUAAAGACAACAAACCCAAUUAGAUUAGGACUUGCUUUGAAUUUCUCAGUUUUCUAUUAUGAAGUUUUGAAUGAUGCCGCCAAGGCUUGCUAAUUAGCUAAAUCAGUAAUAGUUUUAAUUAAUCAUCUUUAGGCUUUCGAUGAUGCCAUUGCCGAUAUUGAAUAAAUCUAAGAAGACCAAUACAAGGAUGCCACAACCAUUAUGUAACUCAUCAGAGAUAACUUGACAUUAUGGACCUCAGAACUUGAAGAUGAAGGUGGUAACGUUGAAAACCUCUGAGU